AUCGAAAACUUUUUAAAAGGUCAUCGAUUCUUUUCAAACUCAGUGAUCAAUUAUAGACACGUUUAUUCCAAAUCGGUAACAUGAAUACUUCAGUCGAUUAAGGUGCAGAAGUGUCCCUGGGAGAUAUACAUGUUAUUUUAUGAGUGAGUGUACGGUACAUACAUAAAUACAUUUCCUAAUCUUAUCUCAAAUGAACGUGUCUUUAGGAUAUGUGUAGAAAAAGAAUUACACAUUUUGAAUGAGAAAGUAUACCGUAUUUAUAAAAACAUUGGAUUUAAUUGGUCAGGAUAUGACUUGACGACACCCUAACAACCAUUCCACCUGGUAAAUCAAACAAUGUUUGGAGGAACACAGUCGUCCAGACUUACCUUUGUCUUUGGCCUUGCCUUUGGAUUAGGAAUAUCAUUCUUGUUGGCCUGUUUCACGUCUUUAACAUCAUUCAGGAAGACAAUAGAUCAUACAUCAAACACAUUCAGAUCGUUUCUAGAUACUCGAUCGUUAAUGCAGGUGACGACAAACCAAAAGGAUAUGCACGAUAUAAUGGAUAAAAACUUAAGACCUAUAAAGCCAGUGUUAGUCGAUGAUAGCCAUUUUCACCACGAUAAUAACUCGGUAGCAAAGGAUCUUGAAAAGAAUAUUCGAGUUUUGUGCUGGGUCAUGACGGGUCCACAAAAUUUAGAUAAAAAAGCCAUUCAUGUAAAAAAAACAUGGGCUAAAAGAUGCAACAUUCUUAUUUUUAUAAGUUCUGUUACAAAUACAAGUUUCCCAACUAUUGGGUUAAAUAUAUCAGAGGGACGGGAACAUCUAACUGGUAAAACUAUGCAAGCUUUUCGAUAUGUAUAUGAGCAUUAUAAAGACCAGGCUGACUGGUUUAUGAAAGCAGACGAUGAUACAUACGUCAUACUAGAAAAUCUUAGAUAUUUUUUGAAUGAUUACAAACCAAGUGACCCAGUUUAUUUUGGGCAUCAUUUUAAAACAAUUGUAAAACAAGGUUAUUAUAGCGGCGGUGCCGGUUAUGUAUUAAGUAAAGAAGCAUUAACUAGAUUAGUAACUAAAGGGAAUAACCCACGAGUAUGUCGUCAAGACGGUGGCGCAGAGGACGCAGAACUUGGAAAAUGUAUGGAGAAUCUUGGUGUUAAAACUGUUAAUUCAACGGAUGCAUUAGGAAGAAGCCGAUUCCAUUGCUUUGAUCCAGAAACUCAUUUAUUCGGUGGAUAUCCUGAUUGGUAUUACCAAUAUGACGCCAAUGGCGCUAAAAAGGGAACAGAGAGUAUAAGUGACUAUGCCAUAUCUUUUCAUUAUGUGCCACCACAAAAAAUGUACGCAUUAGAGUUUUACAUAUACCAUUUACGUCCUUACGGAAUAGAGUCAGGACAUCAACAUCUGAAUGUGCACAACUGAAAUGCAUUUAUGAAGCUGAGUUAAUUUUAUGGAACUGAAUCAAAAAGUUUUUGAAAUAGUAUAUAUAAUAUAUAGUUUAACAUUGGUCAAGUAAAAAUGUCGUAUUCAGUGAAUACAGUUGAGUUUACCAACGAAGAAGUUACCCAACAGAAGUAAUGUACAUCCGCUUUUAGUGUUCACUUCAUUGACCAUUACCGAAGUUUCGGGAUUUGAUUUUGGGGUUUAACCACAGAUCUUAAAUAAAUCAAACUGUUUAGACUAUAUACUGACGAAUGCAAUAUACCUACUCGAAUGUGGAUAUAUUAUUUCACAUUUUUUAAAUGCUGAGAUCGAUCAUAUGAUUUUGUUGUACGAUAUAUUGACUGUUAUUUAUAAUUCGUAUUGAUUUUAAGGGUAUGAAAAUUCGACGAAAGCAAAUGUCAAUCAAUCACAUAUAAUUACAUGUAGUUUCGUAUUGAGAAGUUAAUUGGACAUUUAUAUUUAAAUGUGUAUUUGAUUGUACUUACUUAUAUGCUUAAAAGACGAAAGUUCAUAAAUAAGGUAGUUUCACUGUUACUAGCAAGAAACAUCUGAACAAGAA